ACCGCCACGACCGCGGACACGUGCCGGGCCCCGUCCACGCGUCCCCCACGCCCGCCUCGCGGGCAUUAAACCCGGCGCUGUCGCUCGCCCAGGACGUACGCCCGGCACUUCCCCACCUCUCCCUCACUUGGUGUGCGUGUUGCUUCCCGUCGGCCGAGUGGUAGAGUCGCAGAGAGCGCCGCAGGGCAGAGCAGCAGGAGAUGAGCCGGCUGGACACCCGGACGCUCAAGGACGAGCUGACCAGCAUGGACCGGCGCCCGCUCCUGGACCUGGGCCACCCGCUCCUCAACCGCGUCGCCGACAGCUUCAUCCGCGCCGCCGGCGUCGGCGCCGCCAGGGCCGUCUCCAGGGAGGCCUACUUCGUCACCGUCGAAGGCCUUUCUGGGGACUCGGCCGGGCUCGACCCCAACGGCGGCAAGAGGAGCCAUUUCUCCAGCAUCAGGGGCGACGAUGGCCAGAAGUCGCUCGACGUCGUGGUAAAAACGGCCGGCAAGGAGGCCUUCCAGUGGGGCCUGGCAGCCGGGGUGUACUCCGGGCUGACGUACGGCCUCAGGGAGGCCAGGGGUUGCCAUGACUGGAAGAACAGCAUGAUCGCAGGUGCCAUCGCCGGCGCAGCCGUGGCGCUGACGGGGGACGCCGGCGGCCACUCCGACAAGCUCGUCCAUUUCGCCAUCACCGGCGCGGCGCUGUCCAGUGCCGCGAGCCUGCUCUCCGGCGUAUUCUGAAUCCAGGGACGGGCGCCGGACACGGGAGCGGUUGUCCGGCAAGGUUCUCGAGGGUGUUUAGCAUAAAGAAGUUGCAUUGCAGCUCACCGACCAUGAAAAAUGUAUUCCUAGAUCCGUGUGUCAGCUUCCUGCAGCGAAGUCUAGCACCAUGUGGUUGCAGUGUAAUCCUUGCUCGUUUGUUUCCAAGGCAUUCUACAUUUACCUUUAGGUUUUACCCCAGUUCCAAUAAUCUUCUAAGUUGAUGACUUAAAAUGUCGCCCGUGUGAACU